CCUCUGUCUGCGAUUCGCUUUUCUUCCCCGCGAUCUUCCUUCCCCGCUGCAGACCAUCUCUCUCUCUCUCUCUCUCUUUCUCUCUCUCUUUCUCUCUCUCUCCCUCUCUCUAUUUCUCUCUUGAGUGCCGAUCGACCAUACAAACCAGAGGAUGCCGUCCAAGUGUGUGCACAAGUGCUGCGGGAAGGAAUUCUCCGACGCCGACGAACCUUGCGUCUAUCACCCCGGUCCGCCGGUGUUUCAUGAAGGCCAAAAGGGCUGGAAAUGCUGCAAGCCCCGCGUGCUCACCUUUGACGAAUUCCUCGCCAUCCCACCCUGCACGACCGGCAAACACUCAACAGUAGACGACACGCCCGCGGAGCCCGCUCCCAAGGAGCAGUCGCAAACCGAGACCCCCACGCCAUCCGUCAAGCCCGUCACCGCGAUACCGGAGAGCGCCGUGCCGCGCAACACCAUCUCCCCCGCGAUCCCGCCCCCGUCGAACGCACCCACGCCCACGCCCGAGGAACCCGAGUCCGACGACGAGACCCUCGAGAUCCCCGCGAAUGCGACCUGUCGGCGGAAGGGCUGCGGCGCGGGCUACGAUGCGGCUGUGCCGCGCGCGGACGAGAAGUGCGUGCAUCAUCCCGGGCAUCCGAUCUUCCAUGAGGGGAGCAAGGGGUGGUCGUGCUGCAAGAAGCGCGUGCUGGAGUUUGAUGAGUUCUUGAAGCUGCCUGGGUGUACGGAGAAGGUGAAGCAUUUGUUUGUUGGGAAGGGGAAGCCGGCUGGGGAGGAGAAGGUGGAUUCUGUCCGAAACGAUUUCUACCAAACGGCGUCGACUGUGAACGCCUCGCUUUACUUGAAGAAGAUCGACAAGGACAGGGCGAGCGUGAAGUUCUCGCCGCAGUCGGUCGAGCUCGAUCUGCCGACCGCGGAUAACAAGCGGUAUAAGGAUACCUACAAUUUGUUUGCGCCCAUCGACGUGGAGAAGUCUGGGUUCCGGGUGCUGGGCACGAAGCUCGAGUUGACGCUGGCCAAGGCGGACGGAACGAGCUGGCCGGUGCUGCGCAGCGACGAUAGGUGGAGUGGAGAGAGGAUCCAGAUUGGGAAUGCUGGACGGGCUUGAUUUAGUAUUUGAUAUAUAUUAAAAAAGCAUCCUUAGAUGGAUGCUUGGGACGAGACACGAGAUUCAUUGCAU